AUGAGCGCCCCCGAGCCCGGCAACACCCUGCCAGAAGGCAAAUUCCCUUCUUUCUACCUGCAAAGUCUUCUUCCACCUGAUGCUACAGCAUCCCCACCCUCGAAAAGUGAUCUCAAACCUCCUUAUUCCUAUAUUGGUCUUAUUUCUAUGGCCAUUCUGAGCAAUCCGGAGAGGAAAAUGCUUUUAUCCCAGAUUUACAAUUGGAUCGCCAUGGAAUACCCGUAUUUUAGGUGAGGAAAUAUUGAUGGUGAAUAUAAAAUACGAUUCAGAAGUCGGGGAAAUGGAUGGAAAAAUUCGGUGACACACAAUCUCUCGCUAAACGAAUGCUUUAUUAAAGCUGGGAGAGCAGCCAAUGGAAAGGGACAUUUUUGGACAAUCCAUCCGGCCAAUUUGGCCGACUUUUUGAAGGGCGAUUAUCGAAGAAGGAAGAUCAAGUGCCAUCAUCAGCAUCUCCCUCUCCUCGAUCCUAUACCAAAUAAUUUUUUCUGUAAUCCUCUUGCUUUCCAACUUCUGUUCCAACUGUUGUUGAAUCAAGAAUUACAAUUUAGCCAAACAACUUUAAAUCCCAGCUUCGGAACCCAAUAA